AUGACCGCCAGACUCGCCAGACUCCGCGAGGUUCGCAAGCAGGAGCGCUACAUCGCGGCCGCCACCCGCGAGAGCUUCCGCGCUGCCGUGGGGGAGCGUCGAGCGGCGCUGCGGAGCGAGGCGGUGGUGCCGCCUGCGCCAGUCUCGGACGGCUACGCCGCUGUGGCGUUUGAGCACGCGAGCGCGAGCCUCGGCAUUGCGCACGGCGCCGCGCGCGCCGAGCGGCACGAGAUCGGUCAAGAGGCGGCCGCCGAGGCCGCGUCGUGGAGGGAGGGCCGGGCGCGAGCAGAGAUGCGGCAGGCUUGUGCCGACUACGACCGCGUCGUGCACGGCGCGGUGGACCGGGCGAGCCGCGCGGCCGCCUCGGGCCGACGGGAGCACGUGGCUCGCGUGGAGGCCGCGCGCAGCGCGGCCGCAGAGAACGCCCUCAUCUACACCGACCGCGGCGGCGGCUCGCAGCGCCAGUCGGGCGCCGCUCGCGCCACGGCGCAGCGGCACGCCUCCGAGAACCCUCGCGCGAAGAUGCUCAACCUGCUCGCCGCCGCGCUGCCAAAGGCCGACGGCGACGCGGAGGAGCGAGGCGGAGACGUCGCUUCUCGGGAGCGGCUGGCUGGCUCGCCGCUCGAGGAGGAGGACUCCGCGGGAGAGCGGGAGGCGGCGACGCUCACGGCGGCGCCGGGACGCGAGCUGCGGCCCGCCGCCGCGUCCGGCGGCGGCGACGUCGUGCUCGGACCCGCCUGGGAGCGGCGAUGCUGCCCUCGGGGCUACCCUCAGCCCGCUGGCUUCUCCUCCUCGUCCGACGCGUCUGGCGCGUUCCCCCUCCCGUCCUCCGUCGCCACGGCCGACGGCUUGUCCGCCGGCGGAGGCAGCGAGGCGCCGCUCGAUUCGGUCUCGUCGGGCGAAGCGUCCCUCAGCGACCUCCUCGAGGAGCUGCGCCGUUCGAGGCCGCACCCCUUCCGCACCUUUGCGGGCGACGACGAGGCGGAGCUCGACCGCUUGAUGGCCGGGGGAGUCGCCACGGCGAGCGACGACUUCGACUUUCUCGACGCCGAUGACCCGCUGCGGCCCCUCUCCCCCGACACCGCCGCGAUGCUCGGCCUGCAGCCUGGCUGCGGCCUGCUCGAGGCCACCGCCCCCCUCCUCCCGUCCCGUCCCUGCUCGCUGCUAGAGAGUGCCCCCCGGGGGGCGCGGUUGCGGCGGGAGGCUGGCGACAGCACGAGGGGCGCCGACAUAACCGAGGACGUGCAGCGGUGGCUCGGAGCGUUAGCGCUCUGA